AAUCAAACGAUGGCGGUAGCUACCGUCAAGGAUCAUGAAAGCCGCCUUAACGACCCUCCGUUAUUCUGUCGCGUGUCAAGGACUAACAACACUUACUAACUGGGAACAGCGAAUCUAAGAAUCCGCCACUAUCUACAGAUGUCGACUAUGCAAUGCUGGUUGGCGAUCCUUCUCAACUUGUCAACUUUAGUGUCAGCAUUCGUUCCUGCACUACCAAACAACGUUGCAGUGGUCUGUACAAAGGUGAAUCUGUUCAACGCAAUUUCGAAACCCCAAACGCCCAAAGUUCAGGUGCCCGAAGACUUUGAAAUUCCCGAGCCCCGCCCAUUAUCGGUAACGGAGGGAACUGACGUAAGCAAGCUUCUUAAAAAUUCUCUUGGACUAGUUGUGCGUUUGGGGACAGGGGCGUUCGUCCUCGGGUGGCAGAUUGACGAUCUGUUCUACAAGGGUGAGGAGUAUUCUCUUAAACUGGGACCCCUUUCCUUGCGUGAUUCGAGCUCGGUGCUAGCCGACGCCCCGCGUCCUUCCAAGCCUUUGAUCGUUUACGAAUACGAUGCCUCUCCGUACUGUAAACGUGUCAGAGAAAUGGUGAAUAUAUUGGAUUUAACCGUCGAGUAUCGUCCAUGCCCUGGUGCGCGACAAGGAGCCUUUUCAGAAAAGCUUUUCAAGCAGACAGGCCGCAGGACUGUACCCUUCCUGGUGGACCCAAACAAAGGGGUCGAAAUGUUUGAUAGCAACACUAUCAUCAACUAUUUGGUGGACACGUACGGUCCAGCACGGGAAGUUUUUGAUCGCAAAGCACUAUGGCCAGUCACUGCGGAAGGUUUUGCCGUGAGUACAGCCACUACGACCGCCGUCUUGGCCGGCAUGCCGGGAGCUCAAAGACAAAAAAAUGCCCGGCCCGACAAUGAAAACAUGCAGCCGCUCGAAUUUUGGGCUUAUGAAUGUUCACCCUUUUGUCGACCCGUCAAAGAAAAGCUCUGUAGCUUGUGCCUCCCUCACACGCUUGUGAGCUGUUCGCGAGGUUCUGCGAAUCGAGAUCGAAUGGUAGAAAAAACAGGCCGCUUCCAAGUACCUUACCUUGUGGAUCCGAAUACAGGCGUGGACAUGUUUGAAGGUGCGGCCAUGGUGGAUUACCUCGACAAAGUCUACACUAUAAAAGAUUAG